UUUCAAAUUUAUAUACUCUUCUGGCCCAUUAGUUGUCAUGAGAAGCUCGAAGGUUGUGCUUAUCGCUCGUUAUUAACCAAAUUCCGACAUUGUAGCUUUUCGGCGGCUACAUUUGGAGCCAGCACCUGAGAUGGUCAAACCCGCGUAUCGAUACAUCUUCCAUCACUCGUCCUGUUAGACGUCGCCGCGAUCGCAGCCAUGGCUACGGCUGCUGUCGAUAUCCCGUUUCUUUCCUCCCACUAUUCGAUUCCGCAAGCCAUCCUCACAACGCUCACUGAAAACCCGACUGUUGACCUUGUUGGGCAGCUGCUCAAAGGUGUCGCAGCAAAAGCUCGAGAAACCGAAGAGCUUAAAUCUGAUAAGUUACGGCUAGAGGUUGAACUUGAAAACACCGUGCGUGGAAAUGAAGCCAAAGUUAAAGUGCUUAAAUCCUCUGUGGAGAAAGGGCAUGCAGAAAUCUUAAGUCUUCGAAAUAAACUACAAGAAACAGAAAAUGUGCGUUCCGAGCUUGAAUCAAAGCUCGAGGCCCUCAAGUCCUCCGCAUCUAACAAUGAAGCCGAGUCCAACUCCCUCAAAACACGAAUCGCAUCUCUCGAAGCAUCCAAUAGAGACACCCUAGGUCUCUUAGAAUCCAAGUCCGCAGCGUAUGAUAAGCUUGCCGAAGAACUUUCCGCACAACAUCGGAAAACAGUUACGCUGAGGCGAGAAGUCGCCGAUCUUGAACAGAAACUUCAGGCAGCUAAUUCAGCUUCUGCCAGUACGCGAUUCCGUGAGCAAAGCUUACAACAAGAACUAGAUCUGUUGAAGAAGAACAAUGAAUGGUUUGAGAAUGAGCUUCAAACCAAAUCCGCAGAAUACCUUAAAUUCAGAAAGGAGAAGGCCGCGCGCAUCUCAGAAUUGCAGCGCCAAAACGAGGAGGCCAACUCCAAUAUUGAUACUUUGCGGAGAAAUGAGACAUCUCUCAAGCAACGCCUUGAUGAAGUUGAACAGAAAUACGAGGAGUCCCUUACAUCCGUUCAAUACCUAAAAGAAGAGGCGAUUAAACAAACUGAAUCCUUCCGAAUCGAGCUUGAUAGUGCUGGGCGACUUGCACAGCUGCAGCAAAAUGCCGCUGAAACUGCAAAAAAGCGUGUACAAGAGUGCCAGCUCGCCCUUGAAAAAGCCAAAGAUGAUGCUGCGCAGGAGUUGUCGCGCCUGCGUGCAGAAAUUGAGACUGAACAUUCCGACAAGGAAGCGGCCGAACGUCGUGUUGCAGAAUUAGAGUUAGCGGUGAAGCAACUUGAAUCGGAAGUGGCUUCGGGCAGGAAUCAACCAUCAACCCCGAUGCGUGGUCUCAAUGGUGGUAUUAGCACUCCUCUUCGUCCCAGCACUCCAGUCGGCUCAUUUUCACCAAGGUCAGCACGCACUAAGGGUGGUCUUACACUUACUCAAAUGUACACUGAGUACGAUAAAAUGCGAACACUUCUCGCGGCUGAACAGAAAAAUAAUCAGGAACUUAAGACCGCGAUGGACGAAAUGGUUCAAGAUUUGGAAUCGAGCAAGCCAGAAAUAGAUGAACUUCGUGCGGACCAUUCUCGCCUUGAAGCUUCUGUGAUUGAAAUGUCCGGCCUUUUGGAUGCCGCUAGCAAGGAAAGGGAAGAAGCUACCAGAGAAGCACGGAAAUGGCAAGGCCACGUGGAGGGACUAGAGCGUGAAGGAAACAUCUUACGCCAGCAGCUCCGUGACUUAAGCGCGCAAGUGAAAGUCCUGGUCAUGGAGGUUCACCUUCUCGGCUCUGGAGAGAAGGACUAUAAUCGAGACGAGCUGGAGAAGAUAGCCAGCGAAGGAAUAGACGAGACCGCCGAUAAUAUGAAUAACACCGGUCGUUUCAUUACCCGCCACAUGACGACAUUCAAAAACUUGAAUGAACUUCAAACCCAAAACGUGACACUUCGGAGAAUGUUGCGAGAACUUGGUGACAAGCUGGAGGGCGAGGAAGCUCGUAAGAGGGAUUUGUCUUACCAGAAAGAUCAGGAUGAGCUUAAAGAACUGCGCUCUCGAGUUCAAACCUACCGAGAUGAGAUGGCGAGUCUUGUUGCCCAGACCAAGAGUUACAUCAAGGAGCGAGAUACCUUCCGGAGCAUGCUUUUGCGGCGGCGGGAGACCGGCGAGACAACUUCUCCCUUCUCUCAAUCCCUACCAUUGGGUGCGGUUCCACCCUCCCUUGAUAGUGCUCCAGCUCAGCCAAGUGAAGGUCCCGAUUAUGCCGAACUUCUUCGAAAGCUGCAAGCUCAUUUUGAUUCUUUCCGUCAAGAAACUGCUACCGAUCAUUCCUCCUUAAAACAACAAGUCAAUGAUUUGACGAGGAAGAACGGUGAAUUACAGAGCGAAAUUAGCCGUUCGAAUAGCCAGCUUACAACGUCUAUUCAACGGGCUGAGCUUCUUCAAUCCAAUUUUAAUAUGUUGAAAAACGAGAACAUCGAGCUUCAAAAGCGACACUCAAUUCUCAUGGAGAAUGCAAAUAAGCAGGAUCUGCGCACCCAGCAGGUGGCGGAGGAUCUUGUCGAAGCCAGAGGCCUUGUGGACAGUCUUCGAAGAGAGACGGCGAAUCUUAAAGCUGAAAAGGAGCUUUGGAAGAGUAUUGAAAAACGACUUGUGGAGGAUAAUGAGUCUCUCAGAAACGAACGUAGCCGCCUAGACACCUUAAAUGCCAACCUACAGUCCAUGCUCAACGAACGCGAACACACAGAAUCCGAAACCCGUCGCCGCCUUCAAUCGACCAUAGAGUCGCUGGAGUCCGAGUUACAGUCAACAAAGCGAAAACUGAGCGACGAGACAGAGGAUGCGAAGAAACUAGCUCUUCGGAGAGAGUUUGAUCAGGAACAGACCCAGAAACGAAUUGAGGAUUUGGUCACAAGUCUCGGAUCCAUCCGUGAGGAACUUGUCGCUACAAAGACGAGCAAGGAUCAUUUACAAUCUCGAGUCGACGAACUCUCCGUUGAACUUAAGAGUGCAGAAGAACGUUUGGUGGUCCUUCAACGUAAGCCUUCGGCUGCCCCAGCUUCCACGACUGCCGCCGAAGAGGCACUUGAAGCGGGUGAGGGAACAGGAUUGAGUAGGGAACAAGAAUUGGCUGUCGAGGUCUCGGAGCUUAAACGCGACCUCGAGUUGGCACGAAGUGAGUUGACACAUGCUCAGGAGCAAGCGGAGGAUUAUAAAGCUAUUAGCCAAGCAACAGAAGAGAGACUUCAAGCUCUUAACGACACAAAUGAACAAUAUCGCGAAGAUACUGAUCGACAUCUUGAAGAAAAGAAUUCGACAAUUUCAGAGCUGGAGAAACGAGUUGAAGAUCUCUCUACUGAACUUGCUGCCAGUAAUGGAGAACUUUCAAAACUCCGCGAUCAAGAAGCACAAUACCAGCGGCGUCUUGAUGACCAAAAGUCAACUAUGGAUGCCGAAAUUACAAGACUCAAGGAGCAACAGGAACGGUACGAAGCGGCUGCUCAAUUCCAUCAACAAGACCUGAAAGCGCAAGCAGAAAUAGCGCAAAACGCUCAACAGAACUAUGAAAAUGAGCUGGUAAAACAUGCAGAGGCUGCAAAACAUCUCCAGACAGUUAGAGCCGAAGCAAACCAGUUGAAACUUGAGGUUGUAGAUCUAAAGACGCAGGCAGAAUCAGCGAAAAGCAAUUUGACGCGCGAAGAGGAGAAUUGGAAUGAGAUGAAAGGCAGAUAUGAAAAGGAAAUUGAGGAACUCAGCCGACGCCGUGAAGAAGUUCUUAGCCAAAACACGAUACUCCAUGGUCAAUUGGAGAAUAUCACGAAGCAGAUCUCCUCGCUUCAGCGUGAUCGUGCGGGCAUUCCUGAGGACGGUGAAACUGAAACAGCAUCUGGAUCGGAUCUAGAAGGCCUUCAAGAAGUCAUUAAAUUCUUACGGCGGGAGAAGGAGAUCGUUGAUGUCCAAUAUCAUCUUUCAACCCAGGAAAGCAAACGACUACGCCAACAACUUGACUACACUCAGACACAACUUGAGGAUACACGCCUUAAGCUUGAACAGCAACGUCGUGCCGAAGCAGAGAGUGAACAACAUGCCCUUAGUCACAACAAGUUAAUGGAGACGCUCAAUGAGCUCAAUCUAUUCCGGGAAAGCAGUGUUACCCUCCGAAACCAGGUCAAGCAGUUGGAGGCAUCCGUAGACGAAAAAGCCAAACUUACUGAUGAACUCCAACAACAAAUCGAACCGCUUCAGACCCGCAUCCGUGAACUGGAAGACAAUCUGGAGACUAAAGAUGGUGAGAUGAAGCUUCUGCAAAGUGACCGGGACCGUUGGCAACAACGGACACAAAAUAUCCUCCAGAAAUAUGACCGUGUUGACCCUGCAGAGCUGGAGGCAAUGAAAGAAAAGCUGGAGACUCUCAAGAAAGAACGGGACGAGGCCGUGUCAGCUCGGGAGACUCUAGAAGCACAGGCAUCGACCUUCCCCGAACAACUGAAGCAGGCAGAGGAUCGCACCCAAGAGCUGCGUACUAGAUUAACGGAACAAUUCAAGGCUAGGUCGAAGGAACUCACGGGCCGCAUCAAUGCUAAACAGCUUGAACUCAACAGUGUUAUCCAAGAGAAAGAGCAAAUCAACCAGGAGCUAGACCGGGCUCGAGAGGAACUAAAUUUGAUGAAAUCCAGGCCUCCAGAAACUGUUGCCGCUGCACCUGUGACCCAAGAUACUAUAGAGUCACAACCGCCGAAUGCUUCUUCUCCAGAAGCGGCCAACUCUGGUGACGUUAAUGCUAGUGAGGAGAAAAUCAAGGAACUGGAAGAAAGGGUCAGACAAUUGGAAGCCGCCUUGGCUGCGAAAGAAGCGGAGAUAGAUCAGAAGGUUAAAGAGCGGGUGGAUAGGAUGAAAGAAAUUUUGCAGAGCAAGUUGGCCGAACAUAGAGCAUCUUCACAAAAAGAAGUAGAAGCUUUGAAAGCAGCCCAUCAACAAGAGCUAGCUUCAAAGGCUGAGGGGAUUCCAGUGCUGUCUGACGCAGCAGCUCGUGAACUAGUUGCUAAGAAUGAGACUAUCCGGAAUAUUAUCAAAAACAAUAUUCGAAACGCAAUCAACAAAGAGAAAGAAGCGAUGGGCAACAAGGAAGGACAAGCUCAGCGGGACAUGGAGGCAAUGAAGGAACUGGAAAAGAAGUUCAACGAGGAGAAAGAGAAUAUUCUGAAGGAGCGGGACCAGAAAAUCAGCUCCGCCGUUGAGCUGGCGGAGAAGAGACUGCUGGCUAAGGUCAGCAUGACUGAGGGACGGGCUAGAAAUGCUCAAGCCAAAAUCGAGGUCGUGCAAAAGGCCGCCUCAGACACUCCUCAACGUCCUGUAGCCGAAGUGUGGGAAAUUGCUAAAGCAGCCAAGCCUGUCGUUGCACAACAAGCAGCACCAAAGCCGCUACCACCGGCAUCUCCUGCUCCCCAAGCUUCGGCUCCAGCUCAAUCCCCCGCCCCAACAGCCCCCGCAACCCCUUCCCAGCAGAAAGUGACACCUACUCAGACACUGAUGCCAACUCCGCAACAGCCUGCAGAGCAUCCACCAUCUGCAGCUGAAUCGACAACGCACCAACCUGAACAGCAGCUGCUGCAACAACCACAACCAGCAGCAACAGCUGCUACUGCUGACCAGGCACCGACCCAGCAGGCUACUGGACUACCUAAUCGCCCUCCUCAGGCCGCUCAAGCUGUCGCUGGCGCUGGUGUGCUUCGUGCUUUGCAGUCCGGCCUUCCCGUUGCUAGGGGAGGCCGUGGUCGGGGAAUGCAGGGUGGCCCACAACAUGGUCAAUUUGUUUCUGAUCAGCAAAUGCAGGGCCAGCAAUUUCAGCAGCAGCACGCGGGCCGUGGUUCUGCCAUUAGUCGUGGCAGAGGAAUGAGGGGUGGUGGCCAAGGUCGUGGUGGUGCUCAACACAUUCAGACUGGCAACCUCCCCCAAGGUGCAGGACAAGCUAGUCCUCGCGGUGGAAGAGGUGGACUCAAUGCCCAAGCCCGGCAGUUUAUACCACACGGGAAACGCGCUAGAGACGAUGGAGGCGAUGCUGACGCAAACGCUGGAAAGAGAAUGCGAGGCGGGGGUGCUGGACAAUAAAAUCAUUGUUCUUUGUAACCAAUCUUCGAGUUUUGUGAAGUCAGACAUUGCAUAAUUAUUCCUUGCCUGCGGUUUUCCGUUCUUCCUUUGUAUACAAAGAGAGCAAGCAAGCUUUUCUUUUGACGUUUAUUUUAUUGGUGGGAGCCAUUGCUAUUUCAGAAUUGGACUUGGUCCGAGAACCUUUUUUUUCUUUUUUCUUUCAGCAUUUUGUGAGCUACUAUCUUGGGAGCUGUUAUAAUGGAAUCU